GUCACUGCAGAAUGUCUUGGAAUGAAUGCAAUAUUUGUCUUUAUUCCGGGAGUAAUGAUGAUCUGCUUUGAUGGCCAGCCAUCUCAGACAAUUCUCGUCAAAUGUACUCAAGGAUUCGACAUGGGAAAACUUGCAAAUGUCGAUCGGAUUGCCAACCAGAUCCACAAGGGACAAAUAAGCUCGGAGGAAUGCCUUGAAAAACUCGCGGUGGUUCUACAAGCACCCCCAACCUGGAGCUCGUGGAUCAUGCUACUGGCCUACGCGUUCAGCAGCCUAUUGACCGUCCCAGUCAUGUUUAACGGGAGACCUGUGGAUACUGCUGUCAGCGGUGCCUUGGGUUUGAUGGUCGGGUUGUUGAAUUUGUUGGCAGACAGAUAUCAAUCCUAUCGCAAUAUAUUUGAAAUUUCCACUGCUAUUUUGGUAGGGUUUGUGGCAAAGGCAUUAGGUCCGUGGAUAUGUUUCACCGGGGUAGCUUUGUCCGCAAUGGCUAUUCUGCUACCUGGGUAUGCGCUGACAAUGGCGAUUAUGGAAUUAUCUGCCAAGCAUAUCAUCACUGGUACUGUUCGCUUUGUCUACUCUCUCAUUUACGCACUGUUUAUUGGCUAUGGACUUGAGAUCGGAACCAGCCUGUACGAUGCUUUGGAUCUAUCAGCCCCACCCGCGACUUUUGACACAUGUACCGGAUGUGUUCCACACUGGCUCAACCUGGCCCUGUUUCCACUGGUGGCGAUCUGUAUGGCCACAACCCUGGGUGCCACCUUCCGACAGUGGCCGUGCAUGGUUUUUAGUGCUGCGGUUGGAUUUGGGGUAUCUCUGAUGACAAGCAAGGUGAUAUCUAAUUACCAAGUUGUAGGCACCAUCAGUGCUUUUAGUGUCGGGAUCUUUGGCAACCUGUACCUCAAGGUGACUGGGGAUCUUGCAUUGGUACCCCUCUCGUGCGGAAUCAUUUCUUUGGUUCCUGGAAGCGUUGGAAUUCAGGGCGCAUAUUUUUUGAUUCGACAAGACGAUCAAGGUACCUCUUUUGCGAUCCAGAUGGUAGUUGCUUCCCUUGGAAUAGCCGUUGGUCUUUUUGCAGCCACGCUGGUAGUCUAUCCAAAAGGACCCAAACGCUCUGUCUAUGCAACGUACUAG